CAAUCAACAGUCGCUUUGCAAUGGACUGAAAUCGACUGAAGACCUACAGCGCAGUGAGGUCUUAUUCAACGGCAUCGGUGAACGCAAGAGAGAAUGUGAAUUUAGUUCAAUCUGUAAGGUGUAUAGUGGAAGAAUAGUUAAGUGACACAGUGAUGGAUGUGAGCGAUGCUGCUGGACGGUGGGAUGCUUUGGGAAGUCGAGAUGCAAGCUCCAGACAUGCAACAAUGGAGAUCAUUCACCAAGAGGUGAUGAAGAGAAUCGAAAACAUCGGCCCGAUACCGGACACACACUCUUCUGCCCUUUCAGGCGUGAAUGACUGUCCAGCCAGUGACCUUAACGCUCUGAUGGCACAUGUCCUGAUGCUCUCCAAAAGGUGUCCGUAUGAAGACGUCAGGGAGAAAUGCUUAUGUUUGCUCCAGAGGGUUCAGGACGUUGGGGUGCGAAUCCCCAGACCCCUGGGAAAUGGACCAAGUAGAUUCAUACCAGAAAAAGAGAUACUUCUAGUCAGUAAACUGGACAAAAGAACCCAGUCGAUUUUCGAGGAUGCCUUUGCAGUGCUCGGUCGCCUUGACAACAUCUCCCUGGUGAUAGGGUUCCAUCCUCAGUAUCUGGAGAGCUUUCUUAGGACACAGCAUUAUCUGCUUCAGAUGGAUGGUCCAUUGUCUCUUCACUACAGACAUUACAUAGGCAUAAUGGCUGCUGCCAGGCACCAGUGCACGUAUCUGGUCAACCUGCACGUGAACGAUUUCCUGCAGGUAGGAGGCGAUCCCAAGUGGUUGAAUGGUUUGGAGGAAGCCCCGCAGAAGCUGCAGGCUCUCGGGGAGCUCAACAAGAUCCUGGCCCACCGCCCUUGGCUGCUCACCAAAGAACACAUCGAGAGUUUACUGAAGACAGAGGAGCACAGCUGGUCCCUGGCUGAGCUGAUUCAUGCCGUGGUGCUGCUCACACAUUAUCACUCGCUGGCCUCAUUUACAUUCGGUUGCGGCAUCACCCCGGACAUCCACACAGAUGGAGGACAUACGUUCAGGCCGCCCUCGCUCAGUGGUUACUGCGUAUGUGACAUUGCCAAUGGCAACGGGAGCCUGGAGGAGAUGAUGGGGAACCAGCAGGUGUCCGAGUCGUCUGGUGAGGUGGAAGUGUUGAUGGAGCGGAUGAAGCAGCUACAGGAAUGUCGUGACGAAGAGGAGGCCAGUCAGGAGGAAAUGGCCACUCGGUUUGAGAGGGAGAAGACAGAAAGCAUGCUGGUGGUCACCUCUGAGGACGAGGAGUGCGUACCCUCCAGGGAUGUGUCACGACACUUUGAAGACCCCAGUUACGGCUACAAAGACUUUUCCAGGAGAGGAGAGCAUGUGCCCACCCUUAGAGUGCAGGAUUAUAGUUGGGAAGAUCAUGGCUUUUCCCUUGUGAAUCGACUGUAUCCAGAUUUCGGACAGCUUCUCGAUGAGAAGUUCCAGAUCGCUUUCAAUCUGACAUAUAACACAAUGGCCACACACCAGGGUGUGGACACCUCCAUGCUCCGGAGAGCAAUCUGGAACUACAUCCACUGCAUGUUUGGUAUACGAUAUGAUGAUUAUGACUACGGGGAAAUAAACCAGCUGUUAGACCGCAGUUUUAAAGUCUACAUUAAGACUGUGGUGUGCAGUCCAGAGAAGAUCACCAAGAGGAUGUACGACAGCUUCUGGAGGCAGUUCCAGCACUCUGAGAAAGUCCACGUUAAUUUGCUUCUUAUGGAAGCGCGCAUGCAGGCAGAACUGCUCUACGCUCUGAGAGCCAUCACUCGCUACAUGACAUGAAUUGCUGUUCUCGUCUACCUUUUUAUUAUUUUUUUACUGUUGUUGAUGUUGCUAUUGUGGGACACUUCAAUAAAAGUAAAAACUACAAAAAAAGAGGAAAAACAAACGUGAGGAAGAAUAACAAACAGCCAUUGGGAUGAUGACAAGAGGAACGGAUUCAUGGUUGUUUUGCUAAAAGAAGGAAAAAAACAUCUGUCAACUGAACCUACUUGCUGAAUCACUUGUGUGGCUGCUCAGCCUGCAGGGCCAAAUGUGGCCACUGGGCGGAGUCCGAGCAGACUUUCCCCAAACUGGGGGUUUGCAAGAGGACAGCUUGAGACUGCGAGCUUCUGGAGGUCAAACCUCCUUUUAGUAUAUUAAAUGCAUCUGCGAUGUCGUAUAAUCAUAUCUUCUUUUUGUGAGAUGAGAUUAAAAAAAGAAAAGAACACACCUAGCAACUCCAGCACGGUGCAGAUAGACUGCACCAACAUGCCUAUCUACUAGUGUUUCUCCAUAUCGUUUUAUAUCGUGUUUUUAUUUUUAGCAGUGGCUAGAGAUAGAAGCAUUACUGAUUUUUGCAUAAACGCGUGCCUAGUCAUGCGCAGCACUGGCAACAGAUGCUGAUGUGCCAUCUGUUCAAGCUGCUUUUCUCAAUCGAGAGGCCUCAAGACACCCAAACCAUCACCCAUGUGUAUAAGCUAAUCCAAGAAUGACUGUGUUUGUGUGCGUGAGAAAGAAAGUGAGAGUGCAAUUCAAAAGUUAUAGCUGUCUGAGCCCUUGUUAGAGUUUACUGUAUGACACCACUUUGUGACAUAAUUUCCAAUGUGAGAAAGAAAAAAUCUUAUCAUAGGCUCUUCUGUUUUUUUCUAAUGCAUUAAAUAUAUUAAAGCACUUUUUUAAGAAGUCAAGAUAUGCUUCAGCUGUUAUGUAGCCAUUUUGUUUUGAUGACCGUUUUCUGUCUUUUAUUUGUGUCAGUGAUGCUCGACGCAAAAAGGUCUUCCUUUUGUGAUUUCCUCUGAUUUAUCCGCCUCAUGUCUUCCCUUUAAUGCGCGGUCAUCUUAACUCCUCAAGCUUUUUAUUUAGGGGUUCAUUAUAACUAAAUACCUCCUGUUAUGUGUCCUUAAAUAUCUAAGUGCUGUCUGGUGAGCAGAAAUAUGUCUUACGUGGCUGACGCUAAGAACCAGGCAACCCAAACGGCUGCGCAGUUGUGGGGUUAAUUAAUGCUUGUUCUCAUUUUUAGAACUUUAACCAGUGUAACUAAGAUUUUGUUUUGUUAAAAGUGUGUGUGUGUGCAUUUUCUUUUAUUUUCAAGCGGGGUGGAGUCUGCUGUCUUUUUACUGUUUACUGAAACCAGUUAAGUACUGCAUUCUGAUGAUGGCAGGACUAGUUGAGGGAUGGUACUUUUUCUUUUUGCAUAUGGACAUGAGGAGGUUUUUAAGAGACUGAUGUCAGUGACUGACACUUUUAUAAGAGAAAUUUGAUUAAAAAAAAAUAAAACGUGGUAUUUCAAUGGUUGUAUCAUUUGUAUUUUAAUCAUUUUGUUUGUUCCCAACAUCACAAUAAGAUCCUUCAUGAUUGUCAAACAAACAUCCUUAACCAGUAUUAACUAGAACAAGAAUUUAAGCUAUCUGAACAUAAGCUUUCCAUUCUUUUGUGUUUCUAUUUUAAGACAUAGUUCACAUAGAUACAAAAUAAAUAUAUUUUUAAGUUCAUAAACAUCCAUUCACCAGCAGAAACACUAUAGGGCUUUAGAAAACUGCCCCCACUAUACACUAAUGAUUUAAACACAGUGUUAAAGGCACCGAUUCACAGCAAGCAUUAAAGGAAGUAACAUUGUUGACCAUGGAACCAAUCCAAAUAAUAAUUUCCCUUACACCGCUGGUAAUUUCCUUUGUUGUAUCUGUGAUUAUCUAUCUAUAUUUUUUAUGCCAGUAUAUGGUCAUUUUGUAUGGAAAUCACCACACUUACUGUUAAUUGAAAAAAUCUAAUUUGAGGAACUGUGUUCCCCUCUUUUAAACGGUAAACAUUCCCACUGUUGUCUGGAAAAGUCCCUUAGAUAUUAAAAAAAAAAUUUUGCGUUGUUUAUACACGCUGGACAUUGUGGGGGUAAACGUCUACCUCACCACAUUGCAGUUAAACAAAAUGACUUUUCUGCAUUUUAAACACACAUUCAGAUCACCUCUAGGGCAGCUGUGUAAACUGAAUAUUAUUGUAUAGACUGUAGCUGUGAAGCAUAACUGUUAAGAAGAGGGAAGUGAGUGCCAUAAUAUAUCAGUUUGAUGUGAUUGUAUUAAGAAAGUGACGAUGUUUCUAUUCUGUGUUCCU